CAAAGGGAAUGUUAGAACGGAAAGAGCAAACGCCAUUCCUUCGUCAGCAACAACUAUCAUGUCCAUCGAAAGAAUCAACUCCCUUGAAAACUCCUCAUUCACCCACAUUCUCUGUAAGCUUGCUUCCAAUGAUUGCGUCCUCCUUUGCAGAUCUUUGCUGAUAAGUACUUCAGCUCAUGCAACCAAAGUCUCUGGCCUGGGAUUAAUCUUCCUCAGCGGUACGACUCCCAUUGAUAAGACCGGAACACUCGUUCCAGGAGGAAUACAAGAGCACACGGCUCAAUGUCUGGCUAACCUCGGAAACGUCCUGGCAGCGUCAGGCUCUUCGUGGGAGAAGGUCAUUAAAGUUAACGUGUAUUUGAAAGACAUGGAUAACUUUGCGGCCAUGAACGAGAUCUAUGAGAAGACGCUGCCCAACCCAAAACCAUCCAGGACCUGCAUUCAGGCUGCCAAGCUCCCAAAUGAUGUCGACAUCGAGAUCGAAGCCAUCGCAGCCGUAUAGUAUGGAGUGUGUAGUUGAAAGAAGUGAAUUAAAUCUACAAAGCCGAAGUCAAUGGUCAUCUUUGCCGGCACAGAACUAAGUAGUACUGGGACUGGUAGGCAUGAAAGCUCGCAAAGACGUGUGCCUAUGAAU